AUGGAAACACUAUGGAGGACCCUGGCCUGCACUGUCAUCACUACCAUAGUUGCCACCGUGGUCGCAGGAGGGCACAGCGCUGAGGAGCUUGCACUGUCACAAGCCGCAUUCCUGUCCAGUCUCGGCCAGUAUGAGAUUGCCAUCCCAGUACGUGUGGGACCUCAGGGGCAGACCUGGGAGAUGGAGGAUGCUCCACAUCACCACCCUCAACAUAACCCCCACCAUCGAAGGCGACGCAGCACAGAGGACCAGCCACCAGACAACGUCUUCUACCAACUGUCCACACCACAUACCAACUUCCUGCUUAACCUGACGCUGCAGGGGGGCCUUCUGUCCAGGCAGUUUAGGGUGGAGUACUGGAGAAAAGGCCGAUUAGCUUGGAGCCACCCCUAUUCCCCCAACUGCCACUAUGUAGGACACCUCCAAGACCAGCCGCACUCCAGCAAAGUGGCCCUCAGCAACUGUAAUGGCUUGCAGGGGGUGAUUGUGGCAGGGGGAGAGGAGUACCUCAUUGAGCCCCUAGUUUCACGAGAGAACGAGACCAAGGUGGAGAUGGGGGAGAGGGCAGUGGAGCGCCCCCAUGUGGUUUACAAGAGGUCAUCUCUCCGCCACCAGUACAUGGACCAGUCCUGUGGAGUCAUUGAUGAGAAGCCAGGGAAGGGUGUGUCAUGGUGGCAACGGACCCUGAAGACCCCUCCCCAUCACGUAGGCCGAGGCCAGCUGCCUCUGAAGCGCUCUGUGAGCCGUGAGCGCUAUGUGGAGACAUUGGUGGUGGCCGACAAGAUGAUGGUGGGCUACCACGGUCGUCGAGACAUUGAGCAGUACAUCCUGGCUGUCAUGAAUAUUGUUGCCAAACUGUUCCAGGAUUCUAGUCUGGGGAACGCAGUCAACAUCGUGGUGACGCGGCUCAUUUUGCUUAUGGAAGACCAGCCAACACUUGAGAUCAACCACCAUGCGGGGAAGUCCUUGGAUAGCUUCUGUAAGUGGCAGAAGUCCAUCCAGCACCGGAGCAGCUAUGGGAACGCCAUCCCAGACAAUGGCAUCGCUCACCAUGACACCGCUGUGCUCAUCACCAGGUACGAUAUCUGCAUCUACAAGAACAAGCCCUGUGGAACUUUAGGUUUGGCUCCAGUAGGGGGGAUGUGUGAGCCAGAGCGGAGCUGCAGCAUCAACGAGGACAUUGGCCUGGCGACAGCCUUCACCAUUGCCCAUGAGAUAGGACACACGUUUGGAAUGAACCAUGAUGGUGUAGGGAACUCCUGUGGUGCACGCAACCAGGAGAUGGCCAAGCUGAUGGCUGCCCACAUUACCAUGAAAACCAACCCCUUUGUCUGGUCUGCCUGCAGCAGGGAUUACAUCACCAACUUCUUGGACUCAGGUAUGGGCUCCUGUCUGAACAACAUCCCCCCCAAGCAGGAGUUUGUGUACCCUACCACAGCCCCAGGACAGGCCUACGAUGCUGAUGAACAGUGCCGCUUCCAAUAUGGUGUCAAAUCUCGACAGUGUAAAUAUGGGGAAGUCUGCAGUGAACUGUGGUGCAUGAGCAAGAGCAACCGUUGCAUCACCAGCAGCAUACCGGCUGCAGAGGGAACCAUCUGUCAGACCAACACCAUAGAGAAAGGGUGGUGCUACAAGAGGGUGUGUGUGCCCUACGGGACCCGUCCUGAGGGGGUGGAUGGAGGUUGGGGUCUGUGGUCACCUUGGGAGGAGUGCAGCAGGACCUGUGGAGGGGGAGUCUCCUCCUCUGUCAGACACUGUGACAGCCCCAGGCCAACCAUAGGUGGAAAAUAUUGCCUGGGGGAGAGAAAACGCUUCAGAUCUUGCAAUAUUGAUGAGUGCCCUCCAGGCUCACAGGAUUUUCGAGCGAUUCAGUGCUCCGAUUUUGACAGUGUUCCUUUCAGGGGGAAAUUCUACACCUGGAAGCCCUACAGAGGGGGUGGUGUGAAGUCCUGCUCUUUGAACUGCCUCGCGAAGGAUACAACUCUCUACACGGAACGUGCUCCGGCUGUGGUGGACGGCACACCUUGCCGAGAUGAUUCCCUGGACGUGUGUGUAAAUGGAGAGUGUAAGCAUGUGGGCUGUGACCGCAUCCUUGGCUCGGAUGUGCGUGAGGAUCGCUGCCGGCUCUGCGGGGGCGACGGGAGCAGCUGUGAGGCCAUCGAGGGAGUUUUUAAUGACUCGCUGCCUGAAGGAGGUUAUGAGGAGGUGGUCAGAAUCCCCAAAGGAUCAGUGUUUAUCCACAUACAAGAGCUCAACGUCUCCUCAACUAUCUUGGUAGGAGUCCAUUACUGUUUGCUGAAGAGCAAAGGCGACCAGUACUUUAUCAAUGGGAAGCUGACCAUUGACACACCUCGCAGGUUUGACAUUGCCGGGACCACCUUCCAUUAUCGAAGACCCACCGAUGGACCAGAAACCCUGGAGGCUCAAGGCCCCACUAACAUGACACUCAUCGUCAUGGUCCUGGUUAGAGAGGAGACCCCAGGGAUCCACUACCGUUUUAACCCUUCGAUCAGUAGGGAUCCCCUGAGUGGCUACGCCUGGCACUACACUUCUUGGUCUCGCUGCUCAGCUCUCUGUGCUGGAGGUGUGCAGAUCCAGCAGGUGGUGUGUAAGAAGCAGGCAGACCACUCUGUGGUGUACAACCACUUCUGUGACAAGAAAGGUAAACCCAAAGAAAAGAGAAGAGCCUGUAAUUCUGAGCCAUGCUCCCCAACCUGGUGGACAGGGGAGUGGUCAGAGUGUAGUCGGACCUGCAAUGGGGGCCUGAGCACGCGAGAGGUGUUGUGCAAAAGGAGGAUUUCUGCCACAGAAGAGAAGGUCCAGGAUGACUCGGGCUGUUCCCUGCCACGACCUUCCCUCACUGAGCCCUGCAACAACCAUACCUGCCCCCCUGAAUGGCUGGCCCUGGACUGGUCAGAGUGUACCCCCAGCUGUGGCCCCGGCUACAGGCACCGUGUGAUCCUGUGUAAAAGUGGGGAGAGCAGUGACACCUUGCCAGAGUCUGAGUGCCCCAAGCACGGCCGUCCCACCUCCAGGGUGCGCUGUAACCUUCAGCGCUGUCCUCCCCCUCGUUGGGUUACAGGUCCCUGGGGAGAGUGCUCUGCAAAAUGUGGCCUGGGCCAGGAGAUGCGCUCUGUGCAGUGUCUGACCCACACCGGCCAGCCAUCCAACGAGUGUCUGGAACAUCAGCGACCAGCCGCCAUGCAGCAGUGCAAGAGCAAAUGUGACCUCAGUCUGCCAGCAAGCACAGACAACCCUGAAGGCAUCCUCUCACUUUCCAAGAUUGUGUUAAACAAUCUAGUUAAAAACUCCACGGCCAUCUCUCCUAAACACCUCCAUGCCUCCACAGAGUGCAAAGAUGUGAACACUGUGGCCUACUGCCCCCUGGUGCUCAGGUUCAAGUUCUGCGGCCGGCCAUACUUUCGACAGAUGUGCUGUAAGACCUGCCAGGGACACUGACCUGCCUGGCGGGUCAUAAGCCUGCAGCCUCCCUCCUUGGGUCCUGAACCCACCCCAAAACUCUCUCACUGAGCCUUGUACCAGCCGCCACUACAUGGCCUCUGGCAGAUGUGUUGUUAGACCUUCUUGGGGCACUGCCACUGUGAAAACUGCAUCCGGUCCCAUGACUGUAAUGCUGGGCUUUAUCCUGACCAAAUUCAAGCCCGUGCUAGCUGUUAAGUCCAUUGGGUUUCCCCAAAAGCAUAACCCAGAACCAAAGCCAGCCAGAACCAGGCUCAACUGGGCCAAAAUGGUCUGAGCUGAGUUAUACAUUCCACAGGAGGGAGGGCUGUUGCUGACUUUUAGAGAGGGUGAGAGAGAGAGGGGGAGAGAGUAAUGUACUUAAAUCCUAUUCUCAGAGAGUGGCCUUAUGAAUAGCAGUUCUGUCUUUGUGUUUUUGUUUCUUCCUCUCUGUUUCCCUCUCCUUCACUUCCCCCUUUCUCUUCAGUAUUCUAUUCCUCUAAUGUUAUAUUUUGGUGCUACUAUAUUUUAUAAUGGCCGCAGGACUGGUCGCAGUACUCUGUUCAGUUGAGUGAGCUCCUCUUGUAGUCUCUUGAGUGGCUGAAAGGUUACCCUGAAUUAUGAAGCCUGUACACUAACAGACACCAUGUGUGAUUAUGAAUUCGAUUAAUCUACUUUGUAAAAAUCAGAUUUUACAGACACCUUUGCCCAUGAAAUGUAAUACCUUAUAUUAUAAGAUGAAAUUAUUUCUUUGUAUACAAUCUAAUAGUUGUCACUUGACCACAUUGUCUACUAUUCUAUUGCUUUGUUUCAUGUCAACAUCUUUACCAAUCCUCACUGAUAUUCAACUCAAGUAUGAGCACAGUUGGAUUUGCACAAGGUCUGAGCAGUCAAAGGAUGUGUUUUAGGCUUGAUGUCUCUUAUGUAAACUGGGACUGUCUGUCUCCACUCUCACUGCAGUGAACCUGCCAUAAUCUUGCCAAUUUGCUGGGCACAGUUUGUUCAGUGGUUAGUUCACUUAAACCUCAUCACCUCUAUAAUACAACAGUGCUUAAUGCUGCACAGGCAAACCAAAGACACACUGCCUUAGUUAUAUGAGCAAAGGCAAUACUGACUCACUUGGACAUUUUCUGUUUAUAAUGCAUUUUCGUUCUAUGUUGUUCCUGGUGACUGUGGCUGCCUACAUAAAAUCUCCACAAAGGACCCUUUAACAUUUGAGAUCAGUACCUUGGUCGAAAAAAAACAACAAAACGCCAUGGCAUAUACUUUGCUGUUCUUUUACUUGGCUUACGAUGCCACUUGUUACUACUCAUGGUCAGGUACUACAGUGCUAGUAACUUUUCUUGUGAGUUUAAAGCUAGCACUCAGAAUGCCGAGUCAGAGGAACAGGUCCACCGAGGGUAGACCUUUGACCCCACUGCAUUCAGCAGUUGGGGUGCUAAUCUAAGGCUGGAUUUACACUGUCACAGAUGGUUUGACAUGAAAUGUUCUGCAACACAGAUAUGAUUUAUUUAUGGCUGUCUAAACAUGGAGAAACCACAUGGGAAUAUAAGUGUUCCUGAUUCCUGACUAUUCAAGAAUGCCAUGAUACAAACUCUGCCUCACAAUUAAAACCAGUAAAAAUUUAUGUUUCUGUGUAUAUCCACAUAGCCUUUUUUUUUGUUUAAAGAUCGUGACGUUAUAUGGUCACGUAACUUCAUCAGUGUCCGUAGAUUAGCCCCCCCCCAAGUUCCACCCCACCCCUGAAUGUAGCUACAUGACUGAAUAGACUCUGUGAUGGAGUUCCCUCAGGACAUUAUUUCCUCUGCCAUUGAGUAGGUGUGGUGGACCUUUUCAACCAGUGUAUCCUGUAAAGAGAUUACUUUGUAUAGGUUUUACUGAAGCGUUUUUUAGUAUCCUAUUCAACAUGUUGAUUCAGAGGUCUUUUCAUCCUGACAAGAAAAGAAAAAAAAAAUCUAUGCCACACUGCCAGUUCACUGUGUUGUGUAUUGAACUGUGUCUCUACUCUCUGCACUGGUCCACACUGUUCGCCGCCAAGAGCAGCUCGAUACACCGUUAUAGGACACUCAAGAAGAAGAAGAAGAAGCUAUGUCUCUGUGGGAAUUGGCAUCAUUUUUAUUCUUCAUUUCCAAUGAGGUGCUUUGUUUCGGAAUGGUGCUAUUAAGUCACUUAGUGUUCGUCUUGGAUUUUGAGUUGUCGUUUAAACAGUUGCGCUCUCAACUAGUCUGAAAGAAAGAGAAUUUGAAGCUCUUUCCCCUUAACGAUGCUUUUUUUUUUUAAAUUCCAAACGCAGUGAAGAGAAAAGCUACAGCUUUGUCACGCCAUCGUUUUCCACUCAUAAUUCAUCCCCACAAUGUCAGAGGUCAGAACUGGAUGCAGUCAAUUUGUGGAUGAGAUUCACUUACAAAUAGGACGUGCGACAUUUAUGAAGAAAUUUCCAUGAAUUAUUGAUUCAAAUAAAGCUAUUACAGUGUUUAACAUUUAGGCGAUUGAUUUUUUUUUUUUAUGAACCACCCGUUUCAACCUGGAUCUACGGCUAUGGUUCACACACUAAGCAAUGAACAUGUGUUUAUUUGAGUAAACAAGAGGGACAGCAUUGUUUGUUGUUGUUUUGUUUUCACUUGACAGUUUUGACAAACAUGUACUGUAUGUUGUUUUAUACCAUAGAAGAUAAAUCCAUUUGUCCCCCCCCCCAAACGUACAACUCUUGAAAUGGAAAUAUUAAAUUGAAUAAAUA